AUGAGAGAAGUCAUCAGUUUGAAUGUUGGCCAAGCUGGCUGUCAAAUCGCCAACUCUUGUUGGGAGCUGUACUGCCUUGAGCAUGGUAUUCAGCCGGAUGGUUACCUAACAGAAGAGCGAAAAGCUGCCGAUUCUGAUGAGGGUUUCAGUACCUUCUUCAGCGAGACGGGCCAGGGAAAAUACGUUCCAAGGACUAUUUACUGUGACUUGGAGCCGAACGUCGUCGAUGAAGUCCGUACCGGCACAUACCGCAGCCUUUUCCACCCCGAGCAAAUGAUCACUGGCAAAGAGGAUGCGUCCAACAACUACGCUCGCGGGCACUACACCGUUGGCAAAGAGCUCAUCGAUCAGGUCAUGGACAAGGUUCGCCGCGUUGCCGAUAAUUGUUCUGGUCUGCAAGGUUUCUUGGUGUUCCACUCCUUCGGUGGUGGCACCGGAUCCGGUUUUGGAGCGCUCCUCAUGGAACGUCUUUCAGUGGAUUAUGGCAAAAAGUGCAAGCUCGAGUUCUGCGUCUACCCGGCCCCUCAAGUCGCUACGUCCGUCGUCGAGCCAUACAACUCGAUUCUCACCACUCACACUACUCUCGAACACUCCGACUGCAGCUUUAUGGUUGACAACGAAGCUAUCUACGAUAUUUGCCGCCGAAAUUUGGGCAUUGAGCGUCCCGGCUUUGAGAACCUUAACCGUCUGAUUGCACAGGUUGUCUCGUCCAUCACCGCGUCCCUCCGCUUCGAUGGCUCCCUGAACGUCGACUUGAACGAAUUCCAAACCAACUUGGUGCCUUAUCCCCGUAUCCAUUUCCCCCUUGUUGCCUACGCGCCUGUGGUCUCUGCUAGCAAGGCUGCCCACGAGUCCAACUCUGUACAAGAGAUCUCGAUGGCUUGCUUUGAGCCUAACAACCAGAUGGUUAAGUGUGAUCCCCGCAACGGCAAGUACAUGGCUACCUGCCUGUUGUACCGCGGUGACGUCGUUCCCAAGGACGUCCACUCUGCUGUUGCUACUCUCAAGACCAAGCGCACUAUCCAAUUCGUCGACUGGUGUCCCACUGGUUUCAAGAUUGGUAUCUGCUACCAGCCUCCGCAAAUGGUACCCAACGGUGAUCUUGCCAAGGUCAACCGCGCUGUAUGCAUGCUGUCCAACACCACUGCCAUCGCUGAAGCCUGGUCCGCCCUCUCACACAAGUUCGACCUCAUGUACUCCAAGCGUGCGUUCGUCCACUGGUAUGUUGGCGAGGGUAUGGAGGAAGGUGAAUUCUCUGAAGCCCGUGAGGAUCUGGCUGCACUGGAGCGUGACUACGAGGAGGUUGCCGCUGACUCGAUUGAGGGCGACGGUGAUGCCGAAGCUGAGUACUAA